AUGGAGCAGACGCUGUUCCAGGAGAAGGCCGUGUGGGUCUAUCAGAUCCCGGUGCUCACGGGCGAUCCGCGCGCCGACGCCUGGGACAUUGAGAAGCCCUUGCUCACGGCGUCGCUCAAGGUGCUGCAGACCAACGACGACUGCAGCAUCCAGCUCUUCGAACCCGCGGUCGGCGACAACUUGCCGGUCCUCUUUGCCCAGUGCCCCGUGGACAUUGAUGCCGAGCGCAGCCUCACCGUCUUUGUGCAAUACUGCGUCGACUCGUCGCGCUACUUUGUGCUCCGCAUGGUCGACCAAGCCAGCAAGCGCAGCGCGUUCCUUGGUGUUGGCUUUCCGGAGCGGUCGGCGGCCUUCAACUUUCGCGCGGCGCUCGAAGACUUUGGCCGGUACAAGCAGCGGCUACUGUUUGUUGCAUCAAAUGCAACAAAGGAAGCCAAGGACCUGAGUCUCCCAGAAGGCGCGACGAUCCGCGUCCAGAUUGGCGGCAAGACCCAAGUGUCGACGACGCCCAAGGAGCCCAAGGCGCCUGUGGACCUCUCGGCCAUCAAGUUUGCACCACCGCCGGCGUACAACCCGAGCGCGACCUCGGCCGUCGCGGACGACGAGUGGGGAGAGUUUACGUCGGGAUAA